GCCAGGGGCGCUGUGGCGCGUGCGCGGCGGCGGGACGUAGGGCGCCGCCCCGUCCCAGCAUGCUGUGCGGGUAAACAGACAUGGCGGGCGAGGGGGACCCGCAGGACGCUGCGCACGACAUGGGCAACCACCUGCCGCUGCUGCCUGCAGAGAACGAGGAGGAAGAUGAACUUGAAAUGGAAGUGGAAGACCAGGAUAGCAAAGAAGCCAAAAAACCAAGUGUCAUAAACUUUGACACCAGUCUGCCAACAUCGCACACGUACCUGGGGGCCGACAUGGAGGAGUUCCACGGCCGGACCCUGCACGACGACGACAGCUGCCAGGUGAUCCCGGUGCUGCCGCAGGUGGCGAUGAUCCUCAUCCCGGGGCAGACGCUGCCCCUGCAGCUCUUCAGCCCGCAGGAGGUCAGCAUGGUGCGCAACCUGAUCCAGAAGGACCGGACCUUCGCCGUGCUCGCGCACAGCAACGCACAGGAGAGGGAGGCGCAGUUCGGAACCACCGCGGAGAUCUACGCCUACCGGGAAGAGCAGGAUUUUGGAAUCGAGGUGGUGAAAGUGAAAGCGGUCGGGAGACAGAGGUUCAAGGUCCUGGAGCUGCGAACACAGUCGGAUGGAAUCCAGCAGGCGAAGGUGCAGAUCCUGCCCGAGUGCGUGCUGCCCUCCACCAUGGCCGCCGUGCAGCUGGAGUCCCUCAACAAGUGCCGGAUGGUGCCGGCCACGCCCGCCUCCCGGGAGGACCGGCGCUCACACACGUGGUGGCAGAAGUACCAGAAGAGAAAAUUUCAUUGUGCAAAUCUGACCUCGUGGCCCCGCUGGCUGUAUUCCUUGUAUGACGCGGAAACGUUAAUGGACAGAAUCAAGCAGCAGCUGCGGGAAUGGGACGAAAACCUGAAAGAUGACUCUCUCCCUUCAAAUCCAAUAGAUUUUUCUUACAGAGUAGCUGCUUGUCUCCCCAUCGACGACGUGCUGAGGAUCCAGCUGCUGAAGAUCGGCAGUGCUGUCCAGCGGCUGCGCUGCGAACUGGACAUCAUGAACAAGUGUACGUCUCUGUGCUGUAAACAAUGUCAGGAAACAAAAAUAACAACCAAAAAUGAAAUAUUCAGCUUGUCCCUGUGUGGGCCCAUGGCGGCCUAUGUGAACCCCCACGGGUACGUGCACGAGACGCUGACUGUGUACAAGGCCUCCAACCUGAACCUGAUAGGCCGGCCGUCCACGCAGCACAGCUGGUUUCCUGGGUUUGCCUGGACGGUCGCCCAGUGCAGGGUCUGUGCCAGCCACAUCGGAUGGAAAUUCACAGCCACCAAAAAGGACAUGUUACCUCAGAAAUUUUGGGGUUUGACUCGCUCUGCUCUGCUGCCCACAAUCCCGGACACCGAGGACGAGCUGAGCCCUGAGAAAGUCGUGCUCUGCUUGUAAACAUGGUAGGGCCCCAGGCACUUCACAAGCUGUGGCCCAGGCAGUCCCCCGUGGGAACGCCCGCUACUGGCUCCCCAGCACAGCGGCCCGGGAGGGGCAGCCUCAGCCACAGGGCUUCGGAGGUUUAGCCUCAACUGCCCUGUGGGCGAGGGAGAGCCACCAGGACACUUGGUUUCCAGGGACGCCCACCUCCACAGGGUGUGCCAGCGCCCUGUGCAACCUGGGGUCAGGCAGCUCGUCACGGAUAGACACCGUCCCGCCCAGAGCACGUGACACUGCUGGAGGGCGGCCCUGUGAGGCCACAUGCAGGGCGGCGUGGGGUCCGUGCUCCUGAGGGCCACGCUCAGGCACCUGGUCCCAGCUGAGGGGCGAGGCAGUGGUGGGGCUUCAGAGCCCUUUACAGGCCUGUGUUCCUCUCAACUUCUCGUGUCUCUGAUAAUAUUUGUAAAUAUUAGAGUUGAAAGAGGCAGCUUGAGCCCCAAAAUAGUUUUCAUUUUCUCGCGUGUUUGUUAGUAAAAACCCAGUAUUGUGUGCAUUUGCUCAGUGUCUGAACCGUGACACCGCUGGUUCUGCUCCCAGUGCAAUCGGGACCUCGACCACAGACCAUGGGAGCAGAUGCUCAAGUGCGUCCCCUCCGGGAGGCCAGACGCUGUCUUCUUAGGCUGUUUUGUUCAGGGUCAAUUGAAAAAACCUCUAAGUAAAUUUUAAGAGCAAAACUAAAACAUGUUCUCUGUUUAAGUGAUGUGAAGCGCCUACGCGAGCAGAUGGCGUAGGUGUAAGAAGUAACGGAGACGACGUUCUCGCUACGCUGUUCGCCACUACCUCUGCUUGUACACGGGGGCUCACUGGGUGUCUCCCAUCGGUGUGAGCUGUGGUGGUCUUGCUAGUCCUUUGCAGCUUCACCUAAUUCACUGGGGAAAUUCAACUGAGGGUAAAAUGUGAGGCCAAAACCGACUUGUCUUUUACCAAACGUGCACCGUGCGGACUGCCUCGCCCACAGACACCAGCGACCACCCUGCACGUGCCACCUCGUUCCAAACUCCACACUGUUGUCCCCACCCUUUCGUGUGGCCCCGAUGACCGCCAGGACCGGUGUCUGCCCGUCGCUCUGCACACCGUGCUGAGGCUAAACCAGUGAGGGUGGGACAUGGCUCUGACAUCGGCCCCUGAAGGUGUCAUCUCAGAAUGUUCCAUAUUGCUCACUGAGACUUGCAAAUAAAACUCUAAUUAAAGUAAA